CUUUACCUUUUCCAAUUCGGAGAAAGCCAAAAUUAAAAAAAAAAGAGACCACCGUCGCGAGAAAAGUCGCGUUUUCACGACCCAACUGCUCUCUACCUUUCCUGGAAAAUUCCCGUGCCCUUCAAAAACCCAAUUCACAAGCCUUCUCCAUCUUGAAUUAUCCCCCAAAAUCGCAAAUCCCUGGAUCUACGCUACCGUGUUUUUGCGAUUGGUAUAUUGGUUGAUUGAUUGGUUUUCGGGAGUAUAAUUGCGCGUGGCUGUUGAUUUUUACGUUCUGGGUUCUCCGAUUUAGGGUUUGUUUUUCCCCCUUUUCGUUCUGCUUCUCUCUCCGGGUUAGGGUUUUUUGUUCGUGAUGGGUGAGGAGGGUUCAGUGUUUGGCCUUGGCGAUGGAUUUCAACCUGAUGAUUGUGAUGAUGGUUUUGGUUUUGAAGACGACGACGAUGAUCUCACUAUUGACAUCGAAACUAUUAUCCGGAUUUUAGAUGAGAAGCCGGAUUCUGCCGAGGGUAGCCAAGAAAAUUCAUCUCCAGUUGGUUCUUCUGCUGGUGAGCUCAAGAAUCCACAGCUGCAAAAUGGAUCUCAGAUGGUUGAUUGGUUUCCUUCUCGGGAUUCAUAUAGCUUAAGAGCUUCGCACCUUGGGACUGGGGUGUCUGGUUCAUUCGAUGAGCACGUGAAAGUGGACCCUGCUCUGAGCCCUUCACCAGCUCAUACUUGCUCUGCAAGUCUUAAAGAUUGGUUUUCGUUAAGCCAGGAAGAGCAGCCUGUCGAAACAUGUGGAGUAGCUCAAUCUGAGAUGACUAGUUGUAGUAUAUCGUCUAGUUCCGUCGACAGAUACAAUACUUCUUUCUCUGAUCAUGGUGGAAAUGUGGCCUUCAAUCCCGUGAAUAGUGACGCUGAGACUGUAUCUAAGCAGGCUGACAAGAUAAUCGAUUCCAAAUUUACAUCGUGCAGCCCCGCAACAUAUUUCGACGAAGUUCAUGGAUAUGGAACGGGGCUGGGAGCCAUUCAUAAUUCCUCUGUCAUGUCUGGUUUUUGUCAUAAUUCCAAUUCUCUCAGUGAUGGUGUGGAUAACUGUCUCUCUUCUGCACAAAAUUGCGAUAAUACAAGUGGUGCAUCCUUAUCAGAACAUCAGGAUUUCGCUUUUCAGUUCUUUCCCAGUAAAGAAGAAGCUGUAAAUGAUGUUGACAGUGGAGUGAGUGAGUGUCAGUCGGAUGGUGCUACUCGGAUGAUUUUUGAUAGACACGGGAGAUUAGAUAAUGGAUCUCUAGAAAGGAAAACUGAUGUUGAUUUCUCCAGCGCAAGAGGGAUCAGUUUCAAGCGUGAAAGUUAUCCAUCAGUUUCUCCUGCCUGUGCCAAACCGUACAAUAGUUUUGACAAUCGAUUAGCUGAUAAUGCCCUUGACCGGCCUGAUAAUUGUUCAAGCAGUUUUCAGGAUAACGAAGCUAUCCGUGUGAAGGUUAAGCCAGAGGUUGAGUCAGAGAAAGUGGUUUACAGUUCAGUUCCAGAGGAAGACAUUGUUAUGGACGCUGUUUAUGCACCUGGGGAAACCAAUCAUUGGUGGUCUGGUACAUCUAGCUGUUCAGUCUCCUAUCAGGCAGAUGUUGAAAAAGGAUUCUCAUUUAUGGCACCGCAAGCUGGUUUCCCUAGUCAAGACAAUGGCAACUCAAAUAAAUUUUAUGAUUCAAAAGCAUGUUUGCAAUAUGUUGCAGCAGAUCCCAGCCCAGCGACACAAAUCAAUGAGUAUUUGGACUCUCUAACACAACAAGGAGACCAAGAACAUGUUCAACCAAGGAGCAUUGAAUCUAAUUUCUCAAACGGCAGCUUUGAAUCAGUUCAAAGUCUUUCUUCAGAAUGUAUAUCGGAUAGUGACGAUGAUUCUGACAUCUACAUAAUAGAAACUAAUGGUCAAUUUGCUAACCCACAUCGACCUCUAGCUAUGAAAAAGCCGGUGGUUUCUUCAGAAUAUUCUACUCUUGGUCAUACAUUUAAUCAGUCUGCAAACUCACAUCGGCCUCUUGCUAUGAAAAUGCCGGUGGUUUCUUCAGAAUAUUCUACAGUGGGUCAUUCUUUUAAUCAUUCUGGAGGCCUGAAGCUUCAGUCAAACAAAGAAAAUAUGAUAUUUCAAGCUGCAUUGCAGGAUCUUUCUCUGCCUAAUGCUGAAGCAAGUCCUCCUGAUGGUGUCUUGGCAGUCCCGCUUAUGAGACAUCAGCGAAUUGCAUUAUCAUGGAUGGCACAGAAGGAGACAAGUGGCUUCCCCUGUUCGGGAGGAAUUCUUGCUGAUGAUCAGGGUCUUGGCAAGACAAUUUCCACUAUAGCACUUAUACUGAAGGAACGGUCUACACCUUCCCGAGCAUGUGAAGAGAGUAUCAAGAAAGAAUUUUUUGACUUAGAAAGCGAGGGUGGAGAAUGUGCGUCUUUAAAUUCCAAUGGAAUGAGCGAGGAAUUUGAUCACUCUCAGUUGCUUUUCAAUGAAGACAAAACUGAUGGAACUAGUUUGGGUAAGAUGAGGGGAAGGCCAGCUGCUGGAACGCUUGUUGUCUGUCCCACUAGUGUUCUGCGACAGUGGGCUGAUGAACUUCGUAAGAAGGUGACUAGUGAAGCGAAUCUCUCUGUACUUGUAUACCAUGGGUCCAGCAGAACAAAGGAUCCUCAGGAGUUGGCUAAAUAUGAUGUUGUUGUUACUACAUAUUCUAUCGUGAGCAUGGAAGUGCCGAAGCAGCCUCUUGUUGAUGAUGAGGACGAAGAGAAGGUUGAUGUACAUGAUGGUGGAGUUACAGCGGCUGGAUUUUGUUCAAACAAGAAGCGGAAAUAUCCUCCCGAUUCUCAAAAGAAAGGCUCAAAGAAGAAGAAACAGGUUGAUCGCGCAUCGGUUGAGGCUCAGUCAGGCCCACUUGCGAAAGUUUCAUGGUUCAGAGUUGUUCUAGAUGAGGCACAGAGCAUUAAAAAUUACAAAACCCAAGUUGCAAGAGCAUGCUGGGGCCUUCGUGCUAAACGACGGUGGUGCUUGUCUGGUACUCCAAUCCAGAAUUCGAUCGAGGACCUCUACAGCUACUUUCGGUUCCUCAAAUAUGAUCCUUAUUCUUCCUACGUAUUGUUCUGUAACACAAUUAAGAACCCUAUAGCUAGGACCCCGGUGAAAGGAUAUCAGAAGCUGCAGGCUAUCCUUAAAACAGUGAUGCUUCGCCGAACUAAAGGUUCACUUCUUGACGGUAAACCCAUAAUCUCUUUACCUCCGAAAUCCAUUGAGUUGAGAAAAGUGGAUUUCACCGAGGAGGAACGUGAUUUCUACUCCAACUUAGAGCGUGAAUCUCGUAGUCAGUUCCAGGAGUAUAAAGAAGCUGGAACAGUAAAGCAAAAUUAUGUAAAUAUUCUGUUGAUGCUCUUGCGCCUUCGCCAAGCUUGCGAUCACCCUCUUCUCGUGAAAGGUGAAUACAGUUUUACCUGGGAAUCCUCGCUCGAAUUAGCUAAGAAGCAAAAUUUCUCAGAAGCUUCGUUGGCAAUUUGUGGUACCUGCAAUGAUGCACCUGAAGAUGCUGUUGUGUCAGUCUGUGGUCACGUUUUCUGUAAGCAGUGCUUUUAUGAAUGCCUUACGGGCGAUAAUAAUCGGUGCCCCUUUGCAAACUGCAAUGUCAGACUUACUGCUAUGCCUUCCAUGCAUGAUGGUGCCAGUUCAGUUAAAGUUGAGACUGUUGACCCUUGUUCUGAAGGUCUUGCAUACGAGUCAUCUAAAAUUAAGGCUGCUUUAGAGAUCUUACAAUCACUUGCCAGACCGCAGGAUUUGACAGAUAUGAAUCAGAUCUCUCAAAAUGGAGAGGACUCUAUCAAACCAGUUAAGAAUGAGGGUAGUGGUGUUGAUGGUCCAGUUAAGGUAGUUGGAGAAAAAGCUAUUGUGUUUUCCCAAUGGACAAAGAUGCUGGAUCUACUUGAAGCUUCUCUUAUAAGUUCGCAUAUUCAGUAUAGAAGGCUCGAUGGAACAAUGUCAGUUGCUGCUAGAGAUAAAGCAGUGCAGGAUUUCAAUACUCUCCCCGAGGUUUCUGUAAUGAUUAUGUCUCUGAAGGCUGCUAGUCUAGGACUAAACAUGGUGGCAGCUUGUCAUGUUCUAAUGCUGGACUUGUGGUGGAACCCAACAACCGAGGAUCAGGCUAUCGAUAGAGCACAUCGCAUAGGACAGACACGGCCAGUAACAGUGGUUCGGUUCACGGUAAAAGAUACAGUCGAAGAUCGGAUAUUAGCCCUUCAGCAAAAGAAGAGAAUGAUGGUAGCCUCUGCAUUUGGUGAAGAUGAAAAGGGAAGCCGACAGUCUCACCUCACCGUGGAGGACUUGAACUAUCUGUUUAUGGCGGAUUAAUGAGAGUGAUCGAGCUUCGAGCUCUUUUUUUGACCAGUGCGUGCUGGUGGGUACAUAUGAUAGGAUUUUCUUUGGUUUUUGUGCAGUUUUAUGGAGGAAGAAACUCGUAUUUUAACUGACUACAGGUUUGGGAUAUGAAAAUAGGAAAAGCUGAUCCGAUUGAUUAAUGAUUCCAUUUAUAGACGUUUUAGGUAUUUGCAGUGAAUGGAGGAAAGACGACGAUAGAAAGCCUUUUGCUUUUGAAUUACUCAUUGUAAGAUCACAAAUUUGAUUGGUCCGCCGAUUUAUAUCUUACUUCUCUAAGAUC